UCUUGCUCUUACCCAGUUCGAAUUAUUCACAUGUUCUCCAACUAUGGGCUGCCUAUUUCUUGUUCUUGUUUUUGUGUUGCAACAUCCAAUUGUUAUCUUUUCAAGUCAUUUAUGUCGCCAAAGCCAGAGCUUGGCUUUGCAAAAGUUGAAGCAAAAAUUGGCCGUGGAUGACUCUUCUUCUGCUAAUUGUGAAUUCAAUGGUCACUUUCCCUAUCCAAAGACACUUUCUUGGAAUAGAAGCACUAAUUGUUGUACCUGGGAUGGAGUAACAUGUGAUAGAGUUACAGGUCAAAUAACUGGGCUCGAUCUUAUUUGCAGUCAACUUCACGGAACAAUUGAUUCCAACAGCUCCCUCUUCAAAAUUUCUCAUCUUCAAAAGCUUAAUUUAGCAUACAAUGAUUUCUCCCCUUCCCAAAUUUCAAGCAAAUUUGGCUUAUUUCCGAGAUUGACACAUCUUACCCUCUCGCGUUUGGGUUUUUUAGGUAGAAUACCAUCACAAUUAUUGAAUCUAUCUAAGUUGAUUUCGCUUGAUCUUUCUAUAGGUCUUGAGGAGUUGAGAUUUGGACCUCACACUUUCAAAAUGUUCCUUCAAAACUUAAUCCAAUUGAGGGAGCUUUACCUCACCUCAACAUACAUCUCUUCAUCACUACUUCUCUCAGGCCGCUACUUCUCUAGAACCAUUCCUAAAUCUAUUGGGAAUCUCAUACAACUCAAUAAUUUGCGCCUCCUAUCGAACAACUUCAAUGGUUCACUGCUAUCAACAAUCUCAAAUCUGGUACAACUUGUUGAAUUUGAUAUUUCAUCUAACAACCUUACUGGCGACAUUCCAAAUAUUUUCAGCAACUUCACCAAGCUCAAAUCUUUAUCCCUGUCAUAUAACCUAUUUUCAGGGUUUUUCCAUCCUCAAUUACAAACCUGACAAAGCUGGAGAGUUUAGAGCUCGCUAAUUGUUCUAUAACGGGUCCUAUUCCUUCUAUCACCACUGGAUUCCCCAACCUCAUCUUGCUCUUCCUAGUAGAUAACUCGCUUAGUGGGGAAAUACCAUCUUGGAUAUUUGAUCUUCCUUCCUUAAAAUACUUAAUUUUGAGAGCCAACUAACUUAGUGGUAAACUUAAGGAAGUUAGAUACAACUUGCUAGAAGUUCUUGAUGUGGGUGAGAAUAAGCUGCAUGGACCUAUUCCAACAUCAUUUUCUAAACUUGUGAACUUGACAACAGUAGAUAUUUCUACAAACAACCUUUCUGGUGGUCUAGAUAUUGCCAUGCUUUCAAACUGCAAACAACUUAGACGCCUUGGUCUUUCUUUUAACAAUCUGAUGGUAUUUUCAAGCCAGAAAGAUGUGACCUUGCCCAGUUAUAUCGGAAGUUUGUAUGCAUCUUCUUGCAAUAUAAGGGAAUUAAAUUUCUUACGAGCUGCAAAAAACAAUUGACAUUUAGAUCUUUCCAACAACAAGAUCCAUGGAGAACUUCCUGAUUGGGCAUGGUCUAACUGGCAAGUCUCGGUGUCUUAUUUGAAUCUUUCUAGCAACUUUCUAACUGCUAUCGACCCACUUGAUCACCUCGAGAAUCUUAUUUAUCUUGACAUUGGAUCUAACUUGAUUCAAGGAGAAUUACCUGCUCCACCUCCCUAUUUGCGAUUCUUUAUAGUCUCAAACAAUAACUUCACGGGGAAGUUAAUUUCAACAUUAUGCAAAAUGAGUUCCCUUGUGAUUCUUGAUUUGUCCAACAACAGCCUAAGUGGUGAAAUUCCAAAAUGUUUGGUAAACAUGAGCACAAGUCUCUCAGUGUUGGA